AUGCCGGGCUCCAUCCGGGAAAUCCAGCCGCAAGGCACGUUGACCGACGAGAAGUCCGUUUCGGUGCUCAACGAGGGAAAAGACAGCGCGACACCUUCUGUCACAGAGGUCCUCCAGAAAACGCCCAAGAGCUCGUGGAAGUCGUACAUAUGGGACACCUUCGACAAGUCUCCCGAAGAGCGUCGGUUUCUCUUCAAGCUCGAUGCGGUCUUGAUGACGCUGGCUUCUCUGGGAUACUUCAUUAAGUACCUCGACCAGGUCAACAUCAACAAUGCCUUUGUUUCCGGGAUGAAGGAGGAUUUGGGACUCUAUGGUAACGAAUUGAACUACAUGCAGGUUUGCUGGACAGUUGGCUAUGUUGUUGGUGAGAUUCCAAGUAACAUGCUAUUGACACGAAUCCGACCUGGAAUCUGGAUUCCACUGUGCGAGGUCACGUGGUCUGUCCUUACCAUUCUUCUCGUCAAAUGCGAGACAGCCACUCAAAUCUACGUCCUGCGGUUUUUUAUUGGUCUGGCCGAGAGCACCUUCUAUCCGGGAAUGCAGUACAUCAUUGGCUCCUGGUACCGCAAGGACGAGUUGGCCAAACGGUCGUGUCUGUUCCACGCCAUGGGCAACGUCGGCUCCAUGGUAUCCGGCUACCUCAUGGCCGGCUCCCACAACUUGGACGGCGUUCACGGAUAUGAAGGAUGGCAGUGGUUAUUCAUUCUAUGGCAAGUUUUCUACAAGAAACCUGGCUCCUCUCAAAUUACUAACAAUUUUUUCAGCACCAUUGUGUCGCUGCCCAUCGCCAUUUCAGGGUUCUUCUUCAUGCCUGACUUGCCGGAGAUCACAAAGGCCUGGUACUUCACGCCCGAGGAGAUCGCCCUGGCUAAGAAACGCAUGGAGUUGGAAGGUCGGGCGCAGCGGGCGCCGUACAACAAGGCCAAGUUCAUCAAGAUCUUCUCCAGCUGGCACAUCUGGACGCUGGUGACCCUCUACAUCAUCUUCAACAACGGAAACGGCGGUAUCUCACAGCCGGCCUUCCCACUCUGGCUCAAGGCCGAGGGCUACAGCGUGCGGGAGGUCAACAUCUAUCCUACGAUCGCCGAGGUCGUCGCCAUCAUCACCACGCUGAUUUACGCGUGGACCUCUGACAGCCUUUUCAAAGGCGCGCGCUGGCCGGCCAUGGUGUUCUCGGGCGUCGUCAAGAUCAUCGCGUACGUCCCGCUCACGAUCUGGGACGUCCCGAACAGCCUCAAGUGGGCGUGCUUCAUCCUGUGCGGUUUCGGCGGCGGCAUCAGCGGUCUCACGUUCGCCUGGGCCCACGAGAUCUGCAGCGACGACAACGAGGAGAGAGCGCUAGUUACGGGCGCCAUGAACCAGAUGGCAUAUGUGUUCCAGGCUUGGCUCCCUCUCAUCAUCUGGCAGCAGGUCGAGGCCCCGGCAUACCCCAAGGGUUACCCGAGCAUGAUUGCGCUCUCUGUGGCUCUGAUUGUCAUUGCCUUCGUCAUCCGGUUCCUUCACAAGAGAGAGAUCCGAUUGAAGGCCACCGCAGGGCCGAGCGUUGCUUGA